AUGGAAGUGCAAAUUAUUCGAAGUAAAGUGAAUACCGAACGAUUUUUAAAUGGAAUAUGGCAAAAAGCAUUUGUGACGUUUGUUCUGGUCGUGCCCAAUAUUGUAACGAUUUUAUCCUUUCUAACUCAAUUGUUUUAUAUUCGGGACAUAAAAGAAUUUUCAGAUAACUUUCCAAUGAACAUAACUGUUGUGACGUGUCUACUCAAGUUUUCAGUUAUUUUGAAAAUGCGGCUAAAGUUAAUUGGUAUCAACGAUCAUUUUGCCAAACUGGACAGUAUGGGACUUACAGAGCGUCAAGUCGAAAAGCUGGAGGGGUUAAUAUUGUUCUGUAAUCGACUCACUUCAGUAGUGGCGAUAUUCUAUUCGCUAGUGUCAGCAUCAACCGCUCUUAACGCAGCCUUGUCCAAUGGUAAAAUCCUUAUGUUCAAUGUUUGGACCCCGUAUGACUUCCGACAGUCAAUGUGUAUUUAUUGGACAACUCUUUUGUUCCAAUAUUCCUGUUUUUGUGUUUUAAGUCUUCAGAAUUUAACAAACGAUUUGACCGCUCCUUUGUACUUCAUAAUAUUACGGGCUCACCUCGAAAUUCUAAUAGAGCGGAUUCAAAAUGUUGGCUGGGAUCCUACGAAAACACAAGAGGAAAAUUAUGAAGAUUUCAUUGGUUGUAUAGAGGACCAUCGGAUUAUAAUGGAGAUCUAUAAAACAUUGCAAAACGCUAUUUCGUCGACCAUCUUCAUACAAUUUGCUAGCACUGCGGUUGCCGUUGCCAUGGAAAUACUUGUCAUCCUCUUUUUUGUAAUAAACUUUACACAACUCAUGAUGCUUUUCAUAUCCACUGUAGCGGCCGCCGCGCAAAUCCUUUUUUGCUGCUACUAUGUCAACAACUUCACAGUAGUAACAAACGAAUUGGUGACUGCAAUUUAUUUCUCAAAUAUUUUUGAUCAGUCAAUGCAAUUCAGGAAAACUGCCAUCAUUUUUAUGCAAAUGACCCAAAAACCGAAAGUUGUUCUCGCAGGAAAGAUGUUCCCAGUUACCUUGGUUACAUUUGCGUCAAUUAUGAGAACUUCGUAUUCAAUUUUGACUGUGGCCAAUCAACUGCGAUAAAUUGAAGAUAUUAUGCUGCAGGUCCACGUGAAAUGAUACUAAUAUUUCGGCGUUCGAUUCAUUAGCUACCUCAGAUGCUUUGUGAAUUGAAAAUUCGGUAGAAGUCGAUAUAUUUUCAGGUUCAGCCUCUUGUCCAUUCACCACCUUUAUAACACAAAAUAAAUGAGUAUCACCACAAUCCACAUUCACAUAUCACCACCCAAUGGCAAUUGGUGUCUGCUUUUAGAGAAAAAUAUAAAAUUCACUAA